UUAUCUACACCUGGAACAUUUUACGGCGCGUAAUACGACUGUAAGAAGUGGAUUUUGCACACAGACAUGACGGCAACUCUUCAUGACUUAUUUGAUCAAAUUAUCCAUUCUGAGAGAAAGGCACGGGAAAAGAAGAAUUAUUUACAAGAAGUGAAGUUGAAACUGUCCUCCUUGGAGGAAGAGCUGGAAGAGUCCAAAGAUGAACACAAGAGACUUAAAGGACAACUAUUACUGAAGGUGCAGCACUGGAAGCAGGAGGAGCUGAAGCGGUCGUUCCUCACGUCGAGGCAGGCCAUCUUGUUGGAGCAGAGGCAGGCCCUGGAAGCGGAGAGUGACCAUGUCAGAGCACAGUUGAAGGAGCUUCAGACUGAGCUGCUGAAUGCUAUGUCUGGGUUCAGCACAGAAGCAAGUUUGUUCAGCGAGGACUACGACCUGCUCAGCUCAGGUUCAGCCAGAAGGGAGAAGGAAGCUCGGGAACGAGCUGAACAGCUAGAGGAACCGGUGCACGAACUCACUAAAGAACUGGAAAAGUAUGAGGUUAGAAAGUCUGCUGCCCAGACACUGGAAGAAGAGCUACACCAUGCAAAUCACAUUUUGGAACAAACCAAAGUUCAGUUGGCAGAGCUUGAGCAAAAGAUCAGUGCUGCCCAAGAGCUGGUUGAAGAACUUAAGACGGAGAAGUCACAAGUAGCAGGCCUUCCUUUGAACGGGGAGGAGUUUAAAGUAAUACACCAAGAACUGGAGGGAUUACAAUCUACGCAACUCGAGGCAAAGUGCAUGUCACUCCAGACAGAGCUGAGCGGCCUGCAACAGCAGCUGAGACUGAAGGCAGUGCAACAACAACAACAACAGACACAGCAUGAGCAACAGCGACGUCAGCAACAUUAUAAUGAUGCAUACAAGCCACAGCCACAAGACGCCAUUCCUCCAAGCAGCACAAGCAACCGACUUUGUGUUUCCAACUUUUCUCACAUUGUUAAAGAGAAUGAAGUCAGUGUUGAGUUGAAGGAGGAGGAUUUUGAUGAUGACAUGACCUUGCCUGACCUGGACACAAAUACCCCACCCGCUGACGAUGUUUGCAGAUCCAAGGCAGAGGUCGGACACCAGAGAAGAUCAAUCUUCAGACCCAGAAGAAUUUGACGACUUCUCAAGCAUUACUGACUCUAAUAAUGAUAUUAACCUCAAACCCAA